AUGGAAACUGAAAUAGUCGAUGAAAUUCAGGAAUAUAGUACGGCCAGUCUACAUGCGAACGAAACAGAAAACAGUUUGAACAGAAAAGACGAACAUUUGAAAGAAAACUAUUCCGAAGAAACAAAACUGACUUCUUUUGAAGUCGUCGACGCCCCAGGACAAGUUGUCCCAUCUCAGGGUUGUUUAAAAUCAGAAAUAGAAGCGAGCCAAAAUAAUGAACACUCGACGGUACCUCAAGCCAGUUUGGAAGCAAUGGGCUACCUGGAAGAAUCUGAAAAUUUCUCAAAACAAAGCGAAAUAAACCCGGAUAAGUUAUCGGAGGGCAGAGAGUUCGAGCAGUUUACAUCACCUUUGGUGCAAGGUAUGUGCACAAAGCUAUGUCAGCUAUAGAUAUUCAUCAGAAGUUCAUUUAUAAUUGGACAAAAUGUGGUAUACCAGAUCUUAUUAGUUUAUAAUAUUCAAUAUUGCAGUAUUAGCACAUGGAAAAUUGACUCCCAGAUAGGCAAAUAUAGACAAAAUGUAUACAUAUUUUAAUACACCGUUUCGGAAAGUACCUAUCUGUGGCUAUAGUAUAGCAUCCUCGUACCCUGCAGGGAUGGUAUAGAGCCUUGUUUCCGUGUUUGAGACAUUUGUCUUGUACUGAUUAGUGAUUACAAAAUUAUAGACAAGUCUUUUAUAUUCACUGAUAUGACUGUAUCGUUUCAUAAAUGUGUAAACUUGUAACAAGAUGGGGGCUCUAAACCUGAUAUCUCUAUCACGAAAACGAGGCUCUAGACUAUAGCCAAGGCUGAGCACUUUCCAGAAGGGUGUAUUAUGGCUUGAAACUAUCAAAGAAUAUCCUUUCUUCCAACAGGAGAUGCUGUGAAGACUUUUCAUUGGCCACCUAUUGGAUUCAAGGACCAAAUUAAUGAAGGAGUUAAAACAAGCAAGCAAGGUAUAGCUAUUCAUUUUAGUAAAUGUGCAUUUGUCCGUGAUGUACCAUUAAAUUAUUUUGUACAAAUCUUAAUUAUAAAUGAAUAAUUUGUAUGCUAUAGAUACAUUUGAUCAAGUUGUAUCCCAUACAAAUGUGGAAAACAACGAUAACGGUGAUCCCAUUGCAAAGCAAGUUCCCCAAAUGAACACGAUUAGUUACACCUCUUCUAAUGAGACAAACCUAUCAGAAACAAAGAGUUCCCACAAAGAAUACCACAACCUAACAUCGAUCUUAAAGAAAGAUGACCACCAAGCAAAGAAAACGGUACAUUUCCGCGAAAACAUUGUUUCCGUGAAAUUCUACGACAUAAGUGACGAAGAGGAUAGUGACAAUGAUACGGUGAUACUUUCAGACCCGGAAGAAGAUGAUUUAAGAGACCAAGAAGUCCCUCUUAACACGUAUGAUGACUAUAAUACCAACGUUUAUCACCCGUCCUCCACCAACCUGAAUUUUAUACCGCAAUUCACGUUUCCUCCUGUAUUAAAAAUCACCAACUGUGAAUUGUAUGAUACCAUUGACGACGAUGAUGAGCAGAUUAUGGCUAUCAUGGAAGACAACGAUGGACGUGAACAAUUACGUACUAAUGAAAUCUAUCUUCAUGACAGCGUAAGUGGUUCUCAAGAUGACCAUCUAACCGCUAAAGAAGUGGUAACCCUAUACAAAAAUCCGGAUAACGUUUUUCAUGAAGGAAGCACAACUGAAUACCAAGAUGACCAAAUAACGUCUAUAGAAGUGAUAAAGCUGUCCGAAAGCCCAGAAGAAGCGUUAGAUAUCAUUGAAAUACAGACUCCAUAUGCAUUGGCGAAGAAUGGAAUCGAUCGAAAUGGAGGUUAUUUAAAAGUGAAUGCCUACAAAAAUAUGGACGGCACUUUUAAAGCGGAAAGCUUGGUGGCGAACCAACGAACUCUAACUGAUGUCAAAACCCUAACCGAAACUUCAGAAGAAGAAUUAGAAGUACAUACACCAAUGACGCAAAAUGGAAUCGAACGACAGAGUAGAAAUGAGCACCACGAUGACCAACUAACCUCCAUGAAAGUGACUGAAACCAUAAUCGAAAAUGCAGAGGAAAUGAAGGCACCAGUGACAACAACUGAAUUCGGACGACUUGUGAGUUAUGAUGAAGAGAACACAAGUGAGCUCCAGGAUGGCCAACGUACCUGUAAAGACGUAAAGACGCUAACCGAGACCCCAGUAGAAGUAAGAGAAGUACAGGCACCAACAACAAAAAAUAAAAUCGAACCGCUUGAAGACGAUUUAGAAAUCAAUGCCGACAAAUAUGUGAAGGAAACUUGGAAAACUGAAAGUGAAAGCUCGGUAGUAAAAGAAAGUACCUUAGCUCUGCAAACCGUUAACCAAAAUAUUGAAAAUUCUGUGGGCAUUGUGAACUCAACAACUUGCGCUGGUAAUGAAACAGAGACUAAAGUCCUUAUUACCAAAGUAAAUGCACUACAAGUAGAUUCUAAAGUAUACACACUACUGGAUGCAUUGAAAUCAGCACCCAAGAACUCAAUAACCGAUGGAUAUAAUAUCAUGGAAGGGCGUUCCACUGAAGAGAAUUUCGUUCAGCAGGUGACAAGUCCCAAACGUUUUCUAGGAGGAACAAUGGCUUCGAUGAACAUGUUACCUGAAGGUCAAAUCCCUCAAUUUAACGCACAACGCUUGAAUAAAAUGAAGGGAAAAUUGACAAUGUCUGAUAUGGUGGAGAAAUGGUUAGAAGCUUCUCAAAAACCUGAUGUAGUCUUACAUGACGAAGCUGUUACAAUGGAGGAAUCUAUUGGCAACAGAAUUGCACUUAAAUGCCAGGCACCGUGCAUCGAUAAGCCAACGGUCUGCAAUUACUACUCCAAUCCUAACAGCAACAUCUCUGCUCCACUGACGACCGAGAAUGUAGGGCUACCAGCAACGGAUACGACCGGUCUACCAGCAGAAAAUAUAAUCAGAAAACCAGAGUUAAUAACAGAAGAUAAAUCGGAGUCUGCACAAGUCGACGUACCAAGAGAAAGCAAAGAAAGUUCGGAUAGUUGUGUGGAGGUAACGCCGUCAAGCUCUUCGGGAAGACUGGCAUUUCAUGGAAGUUGUGGAAGCAAUUUCUUGUGGCGUGGACCAAGAUCGAUCAAUACUUUGAUUCUUGAUGAG